AUGUUUGUUGUGUGGGGGGUGUAUGGUUGGGUAGGUUUGGGGUGUGGGGGUUGGUGUGGGGUGGUGGGGUGGGGUGUUGUGUUGGGUGUGGGGUUGGGGUGGGUGGGGGGGGGGGGGGGGGGGGGGGGGGUUUGUGUGGAUGUGGGGGGGGGGGUGGGUGUUGGGGGUGGGGGGGUUGUGUUUGGGUGUUGGUGGGGGUUGUGGGGGUGGGUUUUGGAUGUUUUGGUUGAUUGUGUGUUUUGGUGGGGAUGGGGAAUUGGUGGUUGGGGUUUUGGGGGGUGGUGUUGGUUUUGUGGUUGGAUUGGGUGGGGUGGGGGUGGGUGGGUGGUGGGUUUGGGUGAGUGUUGGUUUUGGGUUUGGGGUUGGGUUGUUGGGUGGGUGGAUGUUUAUGGUUUGGUGUUGUUUUGGGGGUGGGGUUGGGUGGGUGGGGGUGGGGGGUGUUGGUGGGGUGGGUUUGUUUUGGUGGGUGGGUGUGUGGUUGGUGGUGUGGGGGGGGGGGGGGGGGGUGGGGUGGGGGGGGGUGGGGGGGGUUUGGGGGGUGGUGGGGGUGGUGUUUGGGUUUUUUGGUGGUGUUUGUUGGUGUUGUGGUUGGGUGGGGGGGGGGUGGGGGGGGGGGUGGGGGGGUGGGGUGGGUGGGGUGGGGGGGGUGUUGUGGGGUGGUGUGGGGGUUGUUGGGUGGGUUUUUGUGGUUGGGGUGGUUGGGGGGGGGUGGGGUGGGUUUUUGUGGUGGGGUUGUGGGGGUGUUUGGUGUUGGUUGUGUGUGGUGUGGGGGGUGGUGUGGGGUUGUUUGUGUGUGUGGGUGUGUGUGUUUGGUGUGGGUGGGGGUGGUGGGGGGGGUUUGGGGGGUGGUUGGGGUGUGGGUUGGGUGUGGGGGUGGGUUUUGGUGUGUUGUGGUGGGUGGUUUUUUGGUGGGUUUGGUUGGUGUGUGUGGUGGUGGUGGGGGGGGUGGGGGGGGGGUUGUGUUUGGGGGUUGGGGUGGUGGGGGUGUGGGUUUGGUUGUGGGGGUGGGGGGUGGGGGGGGGUGGGUGUUUGGGGGGUUGUGGGGGUGGGGUGUUGGGGGUUGGGGGGUUGGGGGGUUGGGUGUUGGGGGGUGGGGGUUGUGGGGUUGGGGGGUGGGGGUUGGGGUUGGGGGUUGGGGGGGGGGGUGGUGGGGGGUUGGGGGGUUGGGGGUUGGGGUUGGGGGGUUGGGGGUGGGGUUGGGGGUUGGGGGUUGGGGGGUUGGGUGGGUUGGGGGGUGGGGGUUGGGGGGUUGGGGGUUUUUGGGGGGGUUGGGGGGGUGGGGGGUUGGGGGGUUGGGGGUUGGGGGGUUUGGGGGGGUUGGGGGGUUGGGGGGUUGGGGGGUGGGGGUGUGUGUGGUGGUGUGUGGGUUUUGGUUGUGUGUGUGGUUUGUUUGGUUGGGUUGUGUUGUGUGGUGUGGUGGUUGGGUGUGGGUGUGGGGUGGGGGGUUUGUUGGGUUGUGGUGUGUGUUUUGGGGGUUGUUUUGUGUGUGGGGUGGUGGGUGUGGGUUGGGGUGGGGGGGGGGGGGGUUGUGGGGGUGGUGUGGUGUUGGGUGGGGUGGGGGGGUUUUGGUGGGGGGGUGGUUGGUGUGGGUGGGGGGGUGGGUGUUGGGUUGGUGUUUGUGUGGUGGGGUUUGGUGGUGGGUUUUGGUGUGGGGUUUGGUGGUGGUUUGGUGGUGGGGUUGGAGUGGGUUUGGUGGUGGGGUUUGGUUGGGGGUGGGUUUGGUGUGGGGUUGGUGUGGUUGGUGGUUGGGUUUGGUGGUGGGGUUUGGGUGGGUGGGGUUUGGUGUGGGGUUGGUUGGUGGGUGGUGGUGGGGUUUGGUUUGUGGGGUAUUUUGUUGGUGUUGGGGUGGGUGGGGUUUGUUGGGGGGGGUGGGGUUUGUGGGGUGGGGGUUGGUUGGUUGUGUGGGUGGGGUUUGGUGGGUGGGGGGGGGGGGUUGGGGGUGGGGGGGGGGGGGGUGUGUGGGGGGUGUGUUGGGUUGGGGGUGGGGGGUGGGUGGGUGGUGGUGUUUUUUGGUGGUUUUGUGUGGGGGUUGGAGGGGGGGUGUGGUGUUGUGUUGGUGGUUGGGUGUGGUGUGUGGGGUGGUGGGGUGGUGGGUGGUGGUGGGGGGUGGGUGUGUGGGGGGUUUGGUGUGAGUGUUGUGGGUUUGUGUUGUUUGUGUUUGUUAUGUUUUUUGGGGUUUUUGGGGGGUGUUUGGGGGGUGGGUGGGGUUGGUGGUUGUUGGGUUGGGGGGGGGUGGGUUUGGGUGUUGGUUUUGGGGUUGGUGGGGUGUUGGUGGGGGGGUUGGUGGGGGGUGUGUGGGGGGGGGUUUGGUGGUGUGGUGGGGUGUGGGGUGGGGGGUGUGGUUUGUUGGGGGGGUGUUUGGGGUGGGGGGGGGUUUGGGGGGGGGUUGGGGUGGUGUUGGGGGGUGUGUGGUGUGGUGUGGGGUGGGGGGGGGGGGUGUUUGGGUGGGGGGGGUGGGGGGGUGGGUGGGGGUUGGGUGGGGGGGGGGGGUGGGGUGGUGGGGGGGUGUGGGGGUUGGGGGGGUUGUGGGUGGGGUGGGUUGUGGUGGGGGUGGUGGUGGUGGUGUGGGGGUGGGGGGUUUGGGGUGUGUGUGGUUGGUUUUGGGUGUGGGGUGGGGGUGUGGGUGGUUUGUGUUUGGGGUGGGGGGGGGGGGUUGGUUGGUUGUUGGGGUGGUUUUGGGGGUUGGGUGGUGUUUGGGUUUUUGGUGUGGUGUUGUUUGGGGGGGGUGGGGGGUGGGGGGUUGUUGGGUGGGGUGGUUUUUUGGGUGUUGGGUGGUUGUGUGGUGUUGUGGGUGGGGUGGGGGUGGGGGGGGGGGGGUGGGGUGGUGGUGGGGUGUGGGUGGGGGGGUGGGGUGGGGGGGGGGGGGGGGGGUGGGGGGUGGGGGGGGGUGGGGGGGUGGUUGGGGGGGGGUGUGUUUUGGGUUGGUUGUUGGGGUGUAUUGAAUGUUGGAUUGGGUUGGGGGGGUUGGGGGGUUGGGGGGUGGGGGUGGGUGGGGGUGUUGGGGGGGUGGGUGUUGGGGGGUUUUUGUGGGGGGGUGUGGGUGGGGGGGGUUGGGGGUGGGGGUGGGGGUUGUUGUGGUUUGGGGUGGGGGGGGGGGGGUUGGGGGGUGGGGGGGGGGUUUGGUGGGGGGGUGGUUGGGUGUUGGUGGGGGGGGGGGGGGGUGGUGUGUGGGUGUUGGGGUUUUUUUUUAGGGUGGGUGUGUUGGUGGGGUUUGGGGUUGUGUUGUUUGGGUUUGGGUGUGGUGGGGGUUGGUGUGGUGUGGGGGGGUGGGUGGGGGUGGGGUUGGGUUUGGGUGGGGUGGGGUGGGUUGGGGGGGGGGGGGGUGGUGGUUGGUGUUGGUGGUUGUGGGGGGGGUGUUUAAUGGGGGGUGGUGGGGGUUGGUGGGGGGGGGGGUUGGUGGGUGGGUGUGGUUGUUGGUUGGGGUUGGGGGGUUGGUUUGGGUGUGGGGGUUUGGGGUGGUUUUUGUUUGUGGGGGGGUGGGUGGUGUGGGGUGUGUUGUGGUGUGGUUGUGUGGUUGUGUUGGGGGGGGGGGGUUUGUGGGGGGGUGGGGUGGGUGUUGUUGGGUGGGGGUGGUGGGUGUGGUUUGGGGGGGGUGUGGGGGGUGGGGGGGUGUGUGUGUGGAGUGGGGGGUGGGGGGGGGGUGGGGGGGGGGUUGGUGGGGGGUGGUGUGGGUGUGGGUUUGGGGGGGGGGGGGUGGUGGUUUGGGGUGGGUGGGUUUUUUUUUGUUGGGUGGUGGUGUGGUGGGGGGUGGGGGGGUGGGUGGUUGGUUGGGGUGUGUGGGGGUGUGGGGGUGGUGGGUGGGGGGGUUGUAGGGGUGUGUGUGGUGGUGUGUUGGGGUUUUGGGGGGGGGGGGUGGGGUGGGGUUGGGGGUGGGGGUUGGGGGGUGGGGGGGGGGGGUUUGUUGGUUGUUGGGUGUGUUGGGUGGGGGGGUGUGGUGGGUGUUUGGGUUGUUGGGGUUUUUGGUGGGUGGGGGGGGGUGUGGUUUUGUGUUUUUGGGUGUGGUUUUUUGUUGUGUGGGGUGGGUGUGGGUGGUUGGGGUGGUGUGGUGGUUGUGUGGUGUGUGUUGGGGGGGGGGGGGGGGGUUUGUGGGGGGGGUGGGGUGGGUUUGUUGGGGUGGGGGGGGUGGUGUGGGGUGGUUGGGGGGGGGUGGGGGGUGGGGGGGGUUGGGGUUUGGGGGGGUGUGUUGUGGUGGGUGUGUGUUUUGGGGGUUGGGUGGUGGGUGUGUGUUGGGGGUGGGUUUGGUGUGUGGGUGGGUGGGGGGGGUGGUGGGGGGGUGUGUGGGUGGUGGGGGGGUGGGGUGGUGGGGGGGUGUGGGGUGGUGUGUGUUUGUGGGGGUUGGUGGGGGUGUGUGGGGGGGGGUUGGUGGGGGGGGGGGGGUGUUUUUGUGGGGUGGGGGGGGGGGGGGGGGGGGGGGGGGUUGGUGGGGGUGGUUGUGGGUGUGGGGUUUUUGGGGGGGGGGUGGGUUGGGGGGGGGGGGUGGGUGGGGGGGGGGUUGGGGGGUGGGGGUGGUUGGGGUGGGGUUGGUGUGGGUGGGGUGGGGGGGGGUGGGUGGGAGUGGUGUGGUGUGUGGGUGGUUGA